AUGGCAGUGCUUACUAAUCCUACUGAGGAGUAUAUUGAUGAAGAAAAGAGGGUUAGUCAGGUUUACAUGGCAUUAAAAAAAGCGGAGGAGCUAUUCUAUAAGCAGAAGUCACGGGUUCAGGUUAUUAAAGAGGGGGAUUCUAAUACUUCUUUUUUCCACAAAACUGUCAAGGUCAAGACUCAAAGGCAGCAGAUAAUUCGCAUGUUGAAUGAGCAAGGGGAGGUAACAACAGAUAUUAAGGAAAUUGGUGAAGUUGCAGUGGAGUUUUAUACAAAGCUCAUUGGCACUAAGGAUUUGAAUGUUGAGCAACAUUAUGUGGGUUUUUAUCAAGAUCUUUUGAAGCACAAGCUUUCAGUUGAUGAACAGGCGCUACUAAUGUCUGGUAUCUCUAGGGCUCAAGUAAAGCAAGCAUUCCUGAAGCUUGAGAAGGAUAAGGCUCCAGGGCAUGAUGGAUUCCCUGCUAAGUUCUUUACAACUCACUGGGACAUUGUUGGAGGGAAGUUGAGGAGAUAA